AUGGCCAUACAGCAAACAAGUCCAGAUUCCGUUGUUGAUACUGUGUUCACGCAAACGGGAAUCCCGAAUGAGUUCCGAUUUAAGUAUGUGUUUUGGGCAUUCAAACCGGAAAUUGAAGGGUUUAAACACUGUUUACCCGUACUUACGGUCGAUGGGACGCAUUUGUACGGAAAGUACAAAGGACACCUUCUAUUAGCAGUAGCUAUAAAUGCCAAAAAAGAAAUACAUCUAGUUGCAUACUCAAUUGUUGACGCUGAAACAGGAGAUAGUUGGAGUUGGUUCCUGAGAUUGGUGGCUGAAAAUGUUUUUGGCGAUUUGGAACACAUUUGUAUUAUCUCGGAUAUGCAUGGUGGCAUCGACCAUGCAUUUCGGGAAGUACCUGAACUGGCCGAGCCGCGGGUCCAGCGUCGAUACUGCCUUCGACAUUUGUGGUCAAAUUUGAUGACCAAGUUUAAGAACAAGGAAUUAAAAAAUCUGUUUUGGCAGGCCGGUUGUGCUAUGGAUGUUCGGGGGUUUGAGGCGGUAAUGAGUAUAAUUCGGGCAAGUGAUGAGGCGGCAUAUAAUUACUUGAUGGCAAUCCCUGCCCGGUUUUGGGCCCUAAGUCACGAUGGGGGAUUUAGACAUGGAUUGAUGACGACCAACAGCUCGGAAUCUUUCAACAACAGUCUAAAGCGUUGUCGUCUUCUGCCCGUCUCGGCUAUAUUGAAGCUAACGUACGAAAAAGCUGCUUUAAUGUUCGCCGAGAGGCGUACAACUGGACUGGUAAUGCAACAAGGGGGGUUGCAAUGGCCACGUAAUAUUCUCGAUGAGAUGUUGAAAAGGGAGAGCCACAAGUACCGCGCCAUUGUAAAACGCCAUGAUGACCUUGACGGUAUAUAUUCGGUUGCGAUUGAAGGUGAUAUAAAUAGGUACGGGAGACCAAACUUCGUGGCGAUUAACAUCAACGAACAGGUUUGCAACUGUGGCCAGUGGUCUGUGGACGGACUGCCAUGCAUUCAUGCACAUGCGGCAUGUCAUUACGUUGGUAGAGUCCCCGAUGGUAUGGUUCCGGAUAUAUAUUCCCUUGCUAAGUAUCUCCAAACUUAUGAAGGAACCAUCAUGCCUUUAUUGUCUGAAAAUUAUUGGCCAGUCCCAUCCUUUACGAUGUUGCCCCCAACAGUUCGACCUGCUGUUGGUCGACCAGGUCGCCGCGAAAGUACAAGAAUUCCGAACGAAAUGGAUUUGAGGGGAAAGCGUUGUAGUGUUUGUCGUUCAACAAACCACGAUAUUCGACGAUGUCCACGGUUGCAAAGGGAUUAA